UUUUGAAUCCCACUCUUUGUUUCGCUUCGUUCAACUAAGCACAGUAUGUCGGCCUUCACCAUCUUUGUGUCGCCGCUCAAGCAGACGACGCGCAUCGACUACUCUGUCAAGCUGAAGGACGCAGCCACGUCGGGCGAGGGCAUGGAGCUCCUCAAGGACCUGACCAACACUCGCACCGCCCUGCUCGACCUCAUGGGCAAGUGGGAAGCCCCGCAGGACGCCUUCAUGUCGACAGCCAAUGCCUAUCUGUCGCUGCUGCGCGGUUUGGUCGACCAGGUGGACGGAGCGUCGUCCCCGCCACAACAACCUGCUGCCGCUCCUGCUGCUGACGGCGCUGCUGCAGACAGCCAAGCCGCUGCCACUGCUGCUGCCUCGGGCUCGUUCAACAAGCUGCGAAAGUUGAUUGCAUUCUACUGGACCAACACGCUCGGCAAGCACCACAUCUCGAGCGACACGGACGUCCAGUUUGAGCUCAUCUCCAUGCUCGAAGACAUUGCGAUUUGGCACACCAAGAAGGCCAAUCUGACGCUGUCUGCCGCCAGUGCCGAGGAGAACGACCUCAAGGACGCGUACAAGCUGCUGCGUGUGGCUGCCGGCAUCCUGCUCUUUAUCGAAUCGACCCAGAUCGCCCGCCUCACCACGUCUGCCAGCCCGUCCGACACCAAUCCCGCGGCCGUUCGCGCCUACUCGUCGCAGCUGCUGGCGGAGGCCGAGGAGGUAUCGCUGGCUCGCGCCGUCGAAAAGAAGCACUCGCCGUCCCUUCUCGCGGGCAUUGCGCGCGACAUUGCCGACAAGUUUGACGCUGCCGCCAAGGGCAUUGCCCAAGUGAAGCUCGACAAGGUCGACAAGUGGUCAAAGUACCUGGCUUGGAAGACCAAGUACUACCAGGCUGCCGCAUACAUGUUCCUCGGCCUCGAUCUGCUGAGCAAGGACGACUGCGGCAAUGCCAUCCGCGCCAUGACCGAAGCCGAAAAGCUGCUCGAGCAGGCCAACGCCCUGGGCAAGGUGUUUGUCGACUGCGAGCCCAAAACCCCCCUGAAGAUUCACGAGCUGCCUGCCACCCAGGCCCUCUCGCGCCAGCUCCGCGACAGCCUUGCCAAAGCGAAGCGCGAAAACGACUUUAUCUACUUUAAGAAAGUCCCCACCGAACUCCCCGAGCUCGCAGCUCCGCGCGCAGUGGUCGAGCCAGAGCCAUACGCCCUCGCUCCGCUCAGCAGCCGGUGGACGGCCCAAAUGUACCAGUCAUUGAACGUCUCCAAGGUCAUCCCCGACGUCGUGCCGGCAGCCGCCCUCGAGCGCGAAGAAGCCAACUCCAAGGCAGCAGCCAAGGCCCAGCAUCCAGUGGACAAGGGAGCUUGCACGAUUUUGUAAAAGCGGGGGUUGGGUGCACAGUAUUUUGCGUUGUGUUAGUACUUUUUUUAUUGUGUGUGUGUGUGUGCUGUCACUGUGGAUGAAAUAGUUGAGCUUUGUAUUCAAAAACUAGAACGUUUCUACGUA